CACAUAUACAUACAAUCAUACAAAUUGUUUUUGUACGUAAUAUUAUAGAUUUUUAUCUCUCCGUUCUAUUUAUAAUGUUGCAGUGUGACCUUUCAAGCGUUGUUUAAAAUUUUUCUUACCAGAGAGGAAAAAAAUGCUGUAAUUGGCAAGAAGAGGGGACUAGGACUGGGACUGGAACUCCUCUUCAUGAUGCUUGGAGAUUCAGACGGCGGUGCAGCUUCCGUGAAGGGUAAUGAAAGUGGUGAAGCCGGGCUUGGAAGCGGCGGUUUUGGGGAGGAAGAUAAGUUGGGAAUUGAGGAAGGUGAUAGGAGUGGUGGCGGCGGUGGAAACCGGUGGCCGAGGCAAGAAACACUAGCCCUUUUAAAAAUUCGAUCUGAUAUGGACGUUGCUUUUCGGGACUCAAGUCUCAAGGGUCCAUUAUGGGAAGAAGUUUCAAGGAAAAUGGCGGAGCUUGGCUAUCAAAGAAACCCCAAGAAAUGCAAAGAGAAAUUUGAGAAUGUGUACAAGUACCACAAAAGAACUAAAGAAGGUCGAUCUUCAAAACCAGAUGGCAAAACUUAUAAGUUUUUUGAUCAAUUACAGGCUCUUGAACAUAAUCCUCUACCACUAUUAGCUCCUCCACCACUUGGUACUACAAAUCCACCAAUUGCAGCCAAGAUUAGCCCUACAAGCACUGUCCCACAAAGAAUCAAUACUCCGACAAAUUUUUCAUUUCCACCUUUGCAGCCACCAACAAUGCACACCACAAAUCCUCUUCAAACUCAUACUCUUCCACCUUCUCGUCCAAAUAUAUCAAUUUCGACCUCUUCUUCGACUUCGUCUGAUGAGGAUAUUCAGAGGCGGCACAAGAGGAAGCGGAAAUGGAUGGAAUAUUUCGAGAUACUAAUGAAGGAUGUAAUUGAGAAACAAGAAGAAUUGCAUAAGAAAUUCUUGGAAACGCUCGAAAAACGUGAAAGAGAUCGAAUCGCUAGAGAGGAAGCUUGGAGAGCAGAAGAAAUGGCGAAAUUGAACAAGGAGCAUGAACUUUUAGUCCAAGAAAGAUCAAUUGCUGCAGCCAAAGAUUCAGCAGUUAUUGCAUUUUUGCAGAAAAUAUCUGGACAACAGAACUUGCAAAUUCCAACUGUACAAGUGCCCCACAGUCCAUCUCCACCGGUGGCGCCACCACAACAACCACCAGCACCGCCACCAGUUCCAGUAACAGCAGAAGCAACACCAGUAAGAAUCGAAACUCCCAAAGCCGAUUACAGAAGUGAAAACUUACCUCUUGCUAGCUCUUCCCGAUGGCCUAAAGCUGAAGUUCAAGCUCUGAUCAAGCUCCGAACUGAUCUUGAUCUAAAGUACCAAGAUAACGGGCCGAAGGGGCCACUAUGGGAGGAGAUAUCGGCUGCCAUGGCUAAAAUUGGCUACAACCGGAACGCGAAGAGGUGCAAAGAGAAAUGGGAGAACAUCAACAAGUACUUCAAGAAAGUGAAAGAGAGCAACAAAAAAAGACCCGAAGAUUCAAAGACAUGCCCAUAUUUCGAACAGCUCGAUGCAAUAUACAAAGAGAAAGCCAAGAAUGAAUCUUCAUCGAUCAAUUCUGGGUACUCAUUACCAAAGCCUGAUAAUCCAAUCGUGCCGUUGAUGGCAGUCCCUGAGCAGCAAUGGCCACUACCUCUGCGGGCGGAGCACCAGCAAGAAUCAGCAUUAGAUGAUGAACACGAAAACAUUGAUCAAAAUGAUCAUGAUAACGAUCGAGAUGAUGAUGAUGAUGGAGAUGAUAGGGAUGAUGAUGAAGACGAAGAUGAAGAUGAAGAUGGAGGAGGUGGGUACAAAAUUGUUACAAACAAGCAGCAAUCUUCAGUUACAAGCACUGCAUUUGAGUAAGCUAUUUAGAGAGAGAAAAGGGGAAGAUAAGUUGUUAAAAAUCUGGCAAGUGGACUGUGCUUCUGGGAGUGGGACAGAAUUGCAGAAGGUGUCUGAAGGAUGGGGGAUGCGGGGUACGUGGUGGCGGUAAAUUUCUAAGCCAAAUACACAUUCAUUAGAGGAUAUUAGUGGAAGAGAAGUGGGGGUGACAGAGUUUAUUAGUUCGAUAUAAGUUUAAUUUCAUAAUUUAUUUAUUAUUUCAAAAAUAAAUAAAUUAAAGGAGUGGGAUUAAAAAUAAAUAAAAAAUAGAAGGUUUUCAGAAAAACAAAUAAGGUAAUAGCAUUUGUACUAUUUGUUUUGUUUACUUGGUGAAGGUGUAAUUGUCCAAACUUAUAAAUUUAUGUCAACUUCUUAAUGCGUUCUACUCGAUUCAA